CUUGAGGCAAAUCUUCAGACCAUCAUAGUUACGGAUUCACCGAAACUGUCCUUCAGGGUUCUGUGCUACGGUAAAUAAACCACGUGAGAAGAAUGGCAUCAGACUCUCCACGCAGACCGAGUCGCUGUGCUGGAGGAGUUUUAGUACGAGCUCAAGCAGCAACGGAGCAAUCAUAUAUGGAAAGUGUUGUCACCUUCCUGCAGGAUGUAGUACCCCAGGCAUAUACAGGGGCUCCACCCACAGACGAGAAGGAGAAAGUUAUUUGGGUUCGAUUUGAAAAAGCCGACAUCAACGACACAUCCCGAAACCCAGAGUUUAUGGAGAUGCACAAUGGUACCUCUGACCCUCCACUCUGCCUUCUGAUUGGUUACACUGAUGGCAUGCAGAUCUGGAGCACAUCUUUGGUAGGAGAAGCCCAGGAGCUGUUCUCGGUGCGUCAUGGGCCAGUGCGAGCUGCUCGAAUUCUCCCAGCGCCUCAUAUCAGUCCCUUAAAGUUGGACUGUUUUGCAGACAAGAGGCCUUUGUUGGGGGUUUGCAAGAGUGCAGGGUCCUCUGGGACAAGUCCUCCUUACUGUUGUGCCGACUUGUAUUCUUUACGAACCGGAGAAAUGGUCAAAUCAAUUCAGUUCAAGACACCAGUCAACGAUCUUCACUGCAACAAACAUAUUCUUGUGGUGAGCCUGCAAGAAAAAAUUGCUGCGUUUGACAGCUGCACUUUCACCAAGAAGUUCUUUGUUACCAGCUGCUACCCCUGCCCUGGCCCCUGCCUCAAUCCUAUAGCUCUGGGAAGCCGCUGGCUCGCCUACGCUGAGAACAAGCUCAUAAGAUGCCACCAGUCUCGGGGAGGAGCUUGUGGAGACAAUGCUCAGUCUUAUGCAGCUACAGUCAUCAGUGCUGCCAAAACCUUGAAAACAGGCCUAACAAUGGUGGGGAAAGUUGUUACUCAGCUGGCGGGCACUGUCCCAGCCGGAACCCCGGAUGAGGAGGGGUCCCCUCACAGUGUGAGUCGCCGCAGCCCCCACAGCCCUGGCGUGGUCACCAUCAUCGACACAAACAGUGUUGGUGAAGGACAAGUGUUGGUGAGUGAGGACUCGGAUGGAGAGGGGGUGGUGGCUCACUUCCCAGCUCAUGACAAGCCCAUCUCCUGCAUGCAGUUCAACCCCAGUGGAAUGCUGCUGGUGACCGCCGACUCUCUGGGCCAUGAUUUUCACAUCUUCAGAAUCCUCACCCAUCCCUGGGCCUCCUCGCAGACCGCUGUUCACCAUCUUUAUACCCUGCAUCGUGCCAAACUGAGUAACCAGGACUCGUACAACAACUUCACCAACAACAACAUGGGGAACCCGCGGCUCAGCUCGUUGCCCCCCCUGACUGCGGUGCUGCCUCUGGCUCAGAUCAAGCAGCCCAUGACUCUCAGCACCAUCACUAAACGCAGCAGCAAAGUGAAGCCACCCUCUCAGAUGUCACCCAGUAAGUCUGUUGGAGGAGAGUUCUGCGUUGCUGCCAUCUUUGCCUCAUCCCGCUCCUGGUUCAUCACCAAUCCUAACAUGAAAAGAGAAAAAGAUCAGUCCCGACAGUCAGUAGUUGACUCGCUGUACAUAAUGAGUUGCUACGGUAACUUAGUGGAGCAUGUUCUGGAGCCUCGGCCACUUAGCACUGCACAAAAGAUAAGCGACGAUACUCCUUUGGAGCUCAGUACCUCUCCAAGAGCAUGCUGGAUUUUAGCAAGGACUCCACAAUGGAACGAGCUACAGCCACCAUUCAGCUCCAACCAUCCUCUUUUGUUGGCCUCUGAUCUGGUGCAGUAUUAUCAGUAUCUUCUUGCUGGAUUGCCAUCAGGAAACCCAUGUCCAAUCACACGACAUGAGUCAUCCGACAGCUUGGAAUCAGACCACAGCGGCCAGGAUGAUGAGGAGUGGCUGUCUCAGGUGGAGAUUGUGACCCAUACUGGUCCCCACCGACGCCUGUGGAUGGGCCCCCAGUUUCAGUUUAAGACCAUUCACCCAUCAGGUCAGACCACAGUAAUCUCCACCUCGUCGUCAGUGCUCCAGUCCCAGGGCCCUGCUGAUGUCCAGCAGCCUCUCUUGGAUUUUGACACAGAUGACCUGGACCUGCACAGUCUUCGAAUCCAGCCGGUUCGUUCAGAGCCGGUCAGCAUGCCCGGCUCUUCUCGGCUGGUGACAGAGCGCCGAGGACCGCUGAACAUCAUGGACGCCGGCUCAGGGCCGUUCGAUGGACGUGGUAUGACCCUGCUGGAGGUGUGUGGCAGCUGGCCAGAGAGCUUCAGUGUGCCGCGGCACAUUGUCGGAUCCACAGACGCAAGUGAUGAAGGCCUGAGAGAGCGAUUGGCAGAUGCCAUGUCUGAGUCACCUUCAAGGGAAAUUGUGGGCUCUGCUACAGAGCUGCAGAGGGAGGGCAGCAUCGAGACCCUCAGCAACAGCUCCGGAUCCACCAGCGGCAGUAUCCCACGCAACUUCGAAGGAUACCGCUCUCCCCUGCCCACCAACGAGAGCCAGCCGCUGAGCCUCUUCCCCACCAACCUCCCAUAGAGGCCCACGUGUGUGUGCUGAGCCACCGUCACAUGUCACACUGGAACGACUGUGCCGUCGAUCAAAAGAUCCAGUUUUAGGAGUCUCUUCCCGGGUUUGGAGUCAGGAUUUUGUUUGUUGGAACUUUAGCAGAUUUUAGGUUUGUUGUUAAUGUGACCAUUUUAAAGUAAAUCAAGCUGAAAAAGGAAAGUUUAGAGGAAUUCAGUCAGAGACGUUUGAAAAAUCAUAAAUUUAACUGUUCCAAACUUUGAUCGACUGAGAUUAAAGAUAACCCACAUUUUUAGUAUUCAUUUAACGCAGGCUGUUGUGUUGAAGAGCCCCCCACACACACACACACACACACACACACACACACACACACACACACCACCACCAGCAGCAGCCAUAAUUUUCUGACUGUGUUUAAAUGUGGGGGUGUUUCUAUUGUCUAUGAGCUCAAAGAAAAUAAAACAUAAAAAAUGCUUGUGCACGCUCACUACAUGUUUUCUAUUGAAUUUCCUUCCUUUGAUGUUCCUGUAAGUCCAUUUUGGACAACAGCUGCGGUAAAGACACAAUGCCAUGUUGGAGGCGUCAUUUCCAUGUUUAGGAAAAUAUCUUUCUCAAAUCAUCUAGCUCAGUCACAAAAAGGUUAAACCAGCUCAUCUGGA